UGUUGGAUUUAUUUUUUAUUCAUGGUUGAUUAUGUUGUAAAACCUAUUCAAUACUCAAAUCAGUUUUUCCACCAGCUUUUUUUGGUUUAGAUUAAUAGAAAGAAUACCACUUUUACACAAAGAUGUUAUUUUUUCUUUAUAUCUUUCUUAGCUGUUGAUCAUCUUCUUCAUAGCUGAGCACAAUCUUUCAUCAUCUGAUAUUCCAAAUAAAAGGUUGAAACAAAAGAAAAAAAUUGUUGAUCAGCAUAGCCAGAGAUGGCUUAUGCUGCUCUUGUCUCUCUUGAAAACACCAUACACCGAUUCCUGAAUUCUGAUCUGUUCUCCAUCUCUGUUGAAGAAGAGCAACAAAUAACAUCUCUGCGCGAGUAUGUCACUCCCAUUCGAGACUUUCUCGAAGUAUUUCCAGACGAAUCGACGAGUUGGGACGAGCAAAUGAGGGAGCUGGCAAAUGCAGCAGAAGAUAUUCUAGAUUAUCUUGUGUUGGAAAAGGUUUAUUUGCCUUGUGAAGAGGAGUCCGAAUCCCAUCCAAGUGGAAACCACAGACUCCACCUGACAGAAGUAGUCGAGGAGACUAUUCCGAAGGUAGAAACAUUGGUAAUGUUUGAGGAAGAAUACCCAGAUGAUGCUAGAGCUGACGGUUUGAAUGGCCGAAUCAUGAAGAUGAGAACUGAAUUCAUAGAUAUCUACAAGUUUUACGAUUGGGAGAAAACUUAUCGUCGUUUUAGAGAGAAAUGGAGAUUUUUCCCAGCAGUGUGUACCAAGUUCAAGUCUAAAAUCCAGUUUAUACACCACUUGAACAAGACAAGAAAUGACAUUGAUUCGAUUAUGGAGAAGGUGGUGGCCAUCGUGAAUGAUAGCAACCGAGCCACUUCAUCUCCUGCACUUGCACCAGUUGAUGAUAUAGUUGGCUUCCCUCAAGAUGAUGCUGAUGCGUCUGAAUGCCAUAGAAGUGCAAAGCAUGAGCUCCAGCUGGAAAAAGUUAUGGACGAGAUUGCUUUGAUUUCUGCAGAAGUGAAGAACAUAAAGGUUUGUUCCAGCAGCAAAGAAGUUCAACGAGGAGCUGAUUCUUCUUCUCUAAGUUCUUCAUCAACUGCUCCACCCAUCCACAAAAAUUCCCUGGUUGGUUUUGAAGAUCAUGUCAUGAACAUCAAGGACCUGCUCUGUGGAGAACAAUCCAAGCUCCAGGUCAUACCAGUAUGUGGUAUGGGGGGCAUCGGAAAAACUACUCUCGCCAGAAAUGCUUAUGACGAUCAACUAAUUAAGGAGAAGUUUGACAUUCGUGUUUGGAUUACAGUAUCACAGGAUUACAGUGCACAAAGAAUUCUUUCAGGCCUUCUCGAGUCCCUGGAGGAAUACAACAACCAAAGUGGAAAAGAAGAAAGUGCUGACAUAAAGGUGUACCAAAUUUUAAUAGGCAGGAAAUAUUUAGUCGUGAUGGAUGACAUCUGGAGAAGUGAGGCAUGGGAUAUUGUUAGGAAUGUGUUUCCUGAUAAUGGUGACGGAAGCCGUAUCAUGCUAACCACAAGGUUGUAUGAUGUGGCUUCUUAUCCUGGUCCUUCAAUCACGCCUUAUGAGUUGGGUUUACUGAAUGAAGUUCAGAGUUGGAGCUUACUUAAGGAGAAGGUGUUUGCAAAUCAAGAAUGUCCUUCCGAUUUGGAAAAUAUUGGGAAGGAUAUCGCAAGAAGCUGCAAAGGGUUGCCCCUCGCUAUCGCGGUGAUUGCAGGAAUUUUAUCCACGGUCACUAAGAAUCCAGCUUCGUGGCUGGAGAUUGCAGGGACGUUGAAGUCUGCAAAAACAGCAGAGCAAGAGCACAUUGAAGAGAUACUAUCCUUGAGCUAUGUGGAAUUACCUCAGUUAUUGAGGCCAUGUUUCUUGUACAUGGGUUCAUUUCCUGAAGAUCAAGAGAUAUAUGCCUCGAAACUCAUAGGAUUAUGGAUAGCUGAGGGCUUUCUCAAAUUUCCAAUCAACACCAAGACCUUUGAAGAGGUGGCCGAAGAGUGUUUAGAGGAACUUGUGAAGAGAAACCUUGUCUUUGUCGCAAAGAGGAAAUCUGAUGGGAGAAUCAAAAGUUGCGGCCUCCAUGAUCUGAUUAGGGAGCUGUGCAUAAGAAAAGCUCAGGAAAGUAAGUUUUUUCUGAAUUUGGUGGAUGAGGAUAUUGAAAAGGAGAAAUUUAUGGAAAGCAUAAAAAAUGAGCGUCGGGUAAGUAUGUCUUAUCUAAGUUUAUUUUCAAGCUAUGGUGGAUCAACUAUCCAUUCCAUCAAAUGCUCCAAGUAUAAUUUAGUAAAACUGGACUUUGUCGAAGGUGUUAGAUUGGUGAGGGUGUUGGAUGCUGAACCUGCUGAUGUGGAGUCAUUGCCAUCUCAAUUAUUUGAUCUAUUUCAUUUGAGAUACCUUGCUAUUAGAUAUCAUCGAAAUAUCUCUAGUAUCUUAUCAAAACUUAAAAACCUGCAGACCUUAAUCAUUCGUGCAGUAAAGAGAUCUACGGACGGAUUUGUAAUAUCUAACGAUAUGAUGGUGCCGUGGUGCAUGCAAGAACUAAGACAUGUUUACUUCAGUGGGGUGAUUCAAUUUGAUGAUCCCGGAGAAACAUGCUCACUAGAAAAUUUGCAGACGGUUUCGUAUGUUGUCAGUGUGUGUUGUAGUGAGCAGUUCCUGAAAAAGAUCCCGAACCUCAAAAAACUGAAGAUUAGUUGUGAUGAUUUUUAUGGUGGAGAUCAAGAUUGCCUGAAUGGCCUGGUACAUCUGCAUCAACUUGAAAAUUUGGAAGUAUAUUCUGAUGGUUCAGUUGGAUUGAGCUACAAUCUUGCUUUUCCUGAGAAGCUCACAAGGUUGACUUUGAGGGAUUUGAAACUUCCUUGGAAUGACAUGAUUGUUGUUGGUUCAUUGCCAAAGCUUCAAGUGCUUAAACUGAAAGGUUGCACUUGCAAUGGUGGCACAUGGGAAACAACUGAGGGAACAUUUCCAGUGUUGGAAGUUCUUCUAGUUGAACGUUCACGGUUUGAGAACUGGAUAACUGAAAGUGGCCAUUUCCCAAGGCUCAGAUGCCUGCUACUUCAUUCUUGUCGGGAUCUUAACGAGAUUCCAACUGAUAUUGGAGAAAUUCCAACUCUUCAACUGAUUGAGGUUAAGGGUAAUGUGAAGGAGUCUUUGUUGAAGUCGGCAGAAGUGAUAAGAGAGGAACAAGAAGAAAUGGGAAACAACACCCUUCAAGUUGUCUGCAUUGCUACGUCGUCUACACAGCAAAGUUAUUAUUAUUCCGAUGAGGUGCUUUAAAUUCACAAGUAGACCUUGUUUUUAUCCCCUUUUCAAGAGUUAUGGUAAUGAAGGCGACUAUGAUGAUGAUCAUGAGGAGGACUCUGGCGACGAUGAUGGUUGAAAUUCAAAUGGGUCAGAGGAUGGAAAUGUGCCAAGUGUGUGUUAAAGCUUUAUCAAAGACUACUGAAGAGGUUUUCUAAGAUCAUGUGUGUUAUGGAACUUGUUUCAAUUUGUUUAAUCGUUCUGUAAUUGAAUGUUAAUAGGUGUGUUAUAUUAAUAUGUUCUUAUUAUUGUGUGGAA